AUGGAACCACAUGAUACACCAGAGUUGGAUGAUGAAAAGCGGGUUCAGGUCGUCGUUUUGGGAGACAUUGGUAGAAGUCCUCGAAUGCAAUAUCAUGCUUUAAGCUUGGCCAAGCAUGGCUUUCACGUCGAUUUAGUUGGAUAUUCAGAAUCACAUCUGCACCCCGGGAUUGGCGCACAUCGUGAAAUCCAUGUCUCUCCACUCACUCUGCCUCCGGCCUGGUUGAAGACAAAGAAUCGCAUUCUUUUCUCAAUCCUUGGUCCACUGAAAACCCUUUUCCAGAUCUGGACCUUGUGGAGUCACAUGUACCUCAAAGCUGAGAGGUCGGGCUGGAUGCUCGUUCAAAAUCCCCCAACAAUUCCCACGUUAGCCAUUGCUCUGCUUGCGUGUCGCUUACGGAAGACUCGUCUUGUGAUUGACUGGCACAACUUUGGUUAUACCCUCCUUUCUUUAAAACUUGGGCAGAAUCACCCUCUGGUAGCAGUCUCCAGACUUUACGAGCAACAUAUAGGUCGGUACGCGUAUGCACACCUUUGCGUGUCUAGUGCUAUGGCGAGAGCGCUCAAAGAAACCUGCCACAUCGAUCAUUCGGUCUUCACGCUUCACGAUCGCCCAGCUUUGACCUUCCAGAGUUUAGACGAACCAACCCGAGCUUUAUUUUUGGACAAGCUGGCAGACUCACUUACAACGACGUGCAAUCCAGAUCUUUCUUUUUGUGACAUUUACUUUCAUCAAGCAGGUGUCGCGGGUCUAGAGGCUCCUGUACAUCCAGCAGAGGCUCUCAUGCAGUCGCUCAAGGAUAGAAAGGCAAGGCUGAUAGUCAGUCCGACUUCUUGGACUGCUGAUGAGGAUUUUUCUUUAUUGCUCAGUGCUUUUCUCAUUUACAGUGAACAUGCCAAGGUCUCAAAGCUACCCUUUCUUGUCGUGAUAAUUACGGGUAGAGGCCCUGGGAAGGCAGCUUUUGAGCGUAGAGUAGAUGAGCUCUACGCCCAUCAACAGCUAUCUCAUGUCUUCAUCAUCACUGGCUUCUUCGACGAUCUCAAAGACUACGCAUCGCAGCUUGGAUGCGCUGACUUGGGUAUCAGCCUUCACACAAGCAGCAGUGGAGUCGACUUGCCUAUGAAAGUGCUCGAUAUGUUUGGGGCAGGCAUACCUGUAGCUGGAUGGUCAGAAUUUGAGGCAUGGCCAGAAUUGGUUCAGGAGGGAGUGAAUGGAUUGGGCUUUGGAAAUGCCGGAAAGCUCAACGAGAUACUCCAAUUGUUGUUCAGUAAGGACCCCACUAUGCUAGAGAAGCUACAGAAAGGAGCACUGGAAGAGGGGAAACGGCGUUGGGACGAGGAGUGGGAUCCUGUUGGCGAAAGACUCUUUGAAGUUGAUCAAUUUCGAAAUAAUACGUAA